CCCCCCAACCACCUCUGUACUUUCGGAAAAUCAAAUACAUACAUAUCGUUCUCUCUCUCUCUCUCUCUCUCUCUCUGCUAUUGCCCUAGAUCUUGUCCUUCUUGUAUCUUUUGUUUGUAAAAUCGCUGGUGAUUGAUAAGGCGUAUGGCGAGCCGUACUUGUGACCUUGUCGAACGAGUCCACCCAGCUCAACAGUUCGAUAUCGAUGCGUUGCUUCGUUACUCCUCUGCUAACGUCCACGGCUUCCCUCUCUCUCCCUCCGAAUUCUCCGUCUCCCAGUUUGGGCAUGGCCAAUCGAAUCCUACGUUUCUCAUAGAAGUCAUUUCGGGCUCUUCUGUUAACCGAUAUGUGCUGAGGAAGAAGCCCCCUGGAAAAUUGCUUGCAUCUGCCCAUGCCGUGGAGAGAGAGUUUCAGGUUCUCCAGGCAUUAGGGGCUCAUACACAGGUUCCAGUUCCUAAGGUCUUCUGUUUGUGUAGUGAUUCCAGUGUAAUCGGAACUCCGUUUUACAUCAUGGAAUACUUGGAUGGGCGCAUGUUUCUUGAUCCUCGACUACCUGGUUUGGAAGCUGACAGGAGGAGGGAAGUAUAUCGUGCAACUGCGGCAGCUUUAGCUUCUCUGCAUUCUGCUGAUGUGGAUGCCAUUGGUCUGGGGAAAUUUGGGCGUCGGGACAACUACUGUAAGCGACAGGUGGAGAGGUGGGCCAGACAAUAUAUUGCUUCAACUGGUGAGGGCAAGUCUGAUAGAAAUCUGAAAAUGUUAGCACUGGCUGACUGGUUACGACAACAUAUUCCUGUUGAAGAUUCUUUGGGAGAAACAUCAGGCCUCGUUCAUGGCGAUUUUCGGGUUGAUAAUCUUGUAUUCCAUCCCACUGAGGACAAAGUGAUUGGCAUUCUUGACUGGGAGUUAUCCACCCUUGGUAACCAAAUGUGUGAUGUUGCAUACAGCUGCAUGCCGUACAUUGUGGAUGCUGGGCUUGGUAAAGUGCAACAGGAUGAAGGGCUUGAAGCUACUGGCAUACCUGAAGGAAUUCCUACACAGUCAGAAUUCCUGGCAGAUUAUUGCUCUGCAGCUAGAAAGCCGUGGCCUCUAGCCCAGUGGAAGUUCUAUGUUGCCUUUUCUUUGUUCCGUGGGGCAUCAAUCUAUGCAGGCGUGCAUAGUAGAUGGAUUAUGGGUAAUGCUUCAGGAGGUGAACGUGCACAACGUGCAGGGAGAAAAGCUAAUCUUCUUGUGGAAACAGCAUGGUCAUUUAUUGGACGGAAAUCAGUGCUUCCUCAGCAUCCACCUUCUUAUGCAACUGGGCAAGAUCCUUUGGAGCGGUUAGAAAAUGAGAGCAACCAUUUAAACGAAGGGGGAAAAUUUGUUCCUAGUAAGAAGGUUCUGGAAUUGAGAAUGAGGUUAAUUAAUUUCAUGGAAGAUCACAUAUACCCCAUGGAAAAUGAGUUCUACAAACUUGCUCAGUCUACCAUGCGCUGGACAGUUCACCCAGAGGAGGAGAACUUAAAGGAGUUAGCAAAGAGAGACGGCUUAUGGAAUUUAUUUAUACCCUUUGAUAGUGCUGCUAGAGCAAAAGAACUACUGUUUGGUGGAAGAAAUGAAUCUCCAAUAAACGAGUCAUGGGAUUGCUUUUUGGGUGCUGGCCUCUCGAACCUUGAAUAUGGAUACCUGUGUGAGAUCAUGGGUCGUUCUGUUUGGGCUCCUCAGGUGUUCAACUGCGGGGCACCUGACACUGGGAAUAUGGAGGUGCUUUUGCGGUAUGGGAACAAAGAGCAGCUUCAAGAAUGGCUUAUUCCAUUGCUUGAGGGGAAGAUUAGGUCUGGUUUUGCAAUGACAGAACCUCAAGUUGCAUCUUCUGAUGCAACCAAUAUAGAGUGCUCAAUCAAAAGAGAAGGGGACUCAUAUGUCAUCAAUGGGAAGAAGUGGUGGACAAGCGGAGCGAUGGAUCCUAGGUGCAAACUUCUGAUAGUAAUGGGGAAAACGGACUUCACAGGCCCUAAGCAUAAGCAACAAUCUAUGAUCUUAGUCGAUAUUCACACACCCGGUAUUCACGUUAAGAGACCGCUCAUGGUAUUUGGCUUUGAUGAUGCGCCUCAUGGGCAUGCAGAAAUACUUUUUGAGAAUGUACGUGUGCCAGCCAAAAAUAUUCUGUUGGGAGAAGGGCGUGGCUUUGAGAUUGCUCAGGGUCGGUUGGGCCCUGGAAGGUUGCACCAUUGCCUGCGACUGAUCGGCGCAGCUGAGCGUGGCAUGCAGAUGAUGGUCCAAAGAGCUCUUAAAAGGAGGACAUUUGGGAAAUUGAUCGCCGAGCAUGGUUCGUUCCUUUCUGAUAUUGCCAAGUGUCGAAUAAAUCUGGAGCAAACCAGAUUGUUGGUUCUGGAAGCCGCAGACCAGCUUGAUCGACUUGGCAACAAAGAAGCCCGUGGGAUCCUAGCAAUGGCAAAGGUAGCAGCUCCAAAUAUGGCUCUGAAAGUGCUUGACAUGGCGAUGCAAGUGCACGGUGCUGCAGGCUUAUCCUCGGAUACUAUUUUGGCCCAUCUCUGGGCAACGGCAAGGACAUUGAGACUCGCCGAUGGGCCAGAUGAAGUCCACUUAGGAACUAUAGCCAAACUUGAAUUACGAAGAGCCAAGCUUUGAAGAUCCAGGAAUUGUAAGAUGGAGUAUAAGCAAAAGUUUCUUAACAGAGAAAUGGGAAAUCGAAAGAGAUGAAUAAGUCAUUGUUGUGGAUGAGAAUAAUGUAUUAAGUUAUUGUUGUGGUUGGAUGAUUGUAAGGAGUAACAACAAAAUAAAAGGUGGCAUUAGUUUCUCUUCCUUA